AUGGACGAACGAAAAGAUCUAAAAGGUUUCUACGAAAGUGCCUCGUCCAAGGCGCGCCAGGGGGGUGAAAGGGAUAGCAACUACAUCUCAGUGCCCCAAGUCAUCCGCACCUGCACGUGGUGCACCCUGCUGAUUAACCAACGAGGCUCUGACGACCGGUUGAUGGCGUGCGCGAAGAACAGAAGAAUCCCUUGGAUGGAUCUACAGGCACAUUACACUCGCUUAACACGCUUGGUGAAAAUUAUCGAUGAUUAUAUAAACCCGUUCGUCUUCAUGACAUUUCUAUCUAAUCUCGUCGUCGUGUGCAAACACAUCUAUGAUAUUAUUCAGAGGCAGAAGGCAGUAUCAAUGAAUUCAUAUAAUCCCAACUGCGGUAUCGCGAAAAGUUCUGAUUGGAUUGUGGUCGUAGACUCGAUAAUAAGUACACUACAUUUGAUCUUCAGGACUACACUAGUAUCAACCUUCACAGCCCAUCUCCACACCCUGAGCCGAGAACCUCUGAGAGCUCUUCAUACUUUGCCAGCAUCAGCGUAUAAUAUUGAGGUGCAGCGUUUUAUGGAUCAAGUGUAUCAUUCAAAGAUUCAUCUCAGUGGACUGGGAUAUUUUUACGUCACAAGAGUAACAGUACUUUCGAUGCUUUCCACCAUAGUGACCUAUGAGCUGGUCCUAUUGCAACUACCAGUUUAUUAUUAUUAAUAAGUAGUUUCUACGUUU